CUCACGACAAAGAGAAUCGUUUAAAGAAAAUAACCUUUGUAUUUAGGGUUUGCAAAAUAUUUUGAUGGCCAGGAGAUUUGCGGGAUAAUUCAGCGUUUCAGGGCAAUUUUGCACGUUUUUUAAGGCCAUAUUAUAAAGAUUCUUCAUCUGGGAAACAUGUCGGAUAGUGAAGCUGAUGCGGACCCUCAAAGGCGAAAAAUCCGUGAAAAUAUUGCUGGUAUGAGUUUCGAGGAGCUCAUUAAGCUGAAGGAAAAGAUGGGCGCAAAAAUAUACAACCAAACAGUGUUAGGAGCAUCCCAGGUAAAAAAAGCGGUUGAUCAAAAAGUGGUUAAACGAUCGAACAAAAACAGACCGAGAGAAAUUACCUCAAAGAUCAGGCCCAAACAGAUCAGGGCCAUUCUGGAGAGUAAUACCAGUUCAGCCGAUCUCCAAUCAAAAGCUCCUGCCUCGAGGGAUCCGAGAUUUGAUCCCUCUUGUGGGACACUUAAUAAAGCGAUCUUUAAAUACAACUAUACAUUUUUGAAUGAGCUGCGGCAAAAAGAAAGAUUAGCGUUGGAAAAGGAGUAUAAGGAAUGCACAAAUCCUGAAAGAAAGAACACGAUCAAAUUCCUAAUUCAGCGAAUUGACAAUCAAACCAGAGAGGAGGAGCACUUGAGGAAAAUCGACGAAAAAGAAGGGAACGAAAAGCGCGAAAUUCGACAGAAGCUAAAACAGGGCGAGAAACCAGUAUAUAAAAAGAAAUCGGUCAAGACGGUGGAGAACCUGGUUGAGAAAUAUGAAGAACUGAAAAACACGAACAAACUGCAGAAACACAUCCAGAGAAGGGCCAAGAAGGUGCAAGUCAAAGACAGGAAAGCACUAGAGAAAAUUAAGGGAAGUUAAUGAUCAUUAAUCCAGCAAUAAAUAAAUAGAUCAAGCAAA